AUGCUACCUGAGCUUGGUAGUGCUCCGAAGCAUCGGGUAGCAUUGGUAGAAUGCCUCGCUCUCGCGCUCACCGUCGCGGCCAGCCCGGUCGUGACCGUCCGCGACGGUCUGGUCACCCUUCCGUUCGCGAAACGUGUGAACUUCACUGGAUCGGCUUCGCUGCUUAGCCGUGACCGGGAUCGCGUGCACUACCUGAAGCAGCUCGCGAAGACGAGGACCACCAGCAAGCCUUCCACAGACGCAGAAGAUGCCGUUGUCAGCAUUUCGGCUGAAAAUCAGGCCGUGAGCUACGUCGUGAAUGCUGGUGUUGGAAGCCCACCAACCACUUACUCGCUUUUGGUCGAUACCGGAAGCUCUAACACAUGGGUCGGCGCCGGCAGGGCCUAUGUCCGGACUUCCAGCUCCGUUAAGACAGGUGAUAGUGUGUCUGCUGAAUAUGGCACGGGCAGCUUCUCUGGUACAGAGUUCACGGAUACUGUUACUUUGGCCCCAGGCCUGGUCAUCACCAACCAAUUUAUCGGUGUUGCUAGUACCUCGUCAGGCUUCGAAGGCAUUGACGUCACCAACAAUCUCUUCUCGCAAGAGUCCAUCCCUCAGAAUCUUGUUGUGGUCUCCUUUGAGCCAGCGACAUUGGACGGCAUUACUAACGGCGAGCUCACAUUUGGGGGCACCGAUUCAAGCAAGUAUACUGGCUCCAUCCACUCCACUCCUCUCACCACCACAUCUCCUGCAUCGUACUACUGGGGUAUAGACGAGAGCAUCACCUAUGGUGCAUUGGGGACUAGUAUCCUCACUAAGACUGCCGGCAUCGUCGACACCGGAACCACGCUCGUUCUGAUCGCUUCGGAUGCCUUCAGCCGCUACCAGAAGGCAACGGGCGCUGUGAUGAACGAGAAUACCGGUCUUCUCCGCCUCACCAAAGCUCAGCUCGCAAACCUGCAGAGUUUGUUCUUCAGAAUCGACGGUGCGACGUAUGAGUUUACUGCGAACGCUCAACUAUGGCCGAGGGCGCUGAACGCGGAGAUUGGCGGCGACGACAAUAGCAUUUACCUCGCUGUCAGCAACCUCGGCACACCAACAGGCGAGGGCCUCGACUUCAUCAAUGGUCAGGCCUGGCUGGAGCGGUUCUACUCGGUCUACGAUACUGGAAACCAGCGAAUGGGAUUCGCUACGACUCCCUUCACUUACGCGACGACGAACUGAGCGCAUGCUUGUGAGGCGUAACACGACUUACG